AUGGGAGGCAAUGAGGGUAAGGGGAGAAAGGGAGCUUGUAGGUUGCGGAUCGGGUCAUGGAAUAUAGGCACGCUGACGGGUAAGUCUAUUGAGCUAGCGAAGAUUCAACAGAAAAGAGGAGUAAAUAUAGCUUGUGUCCAGGAAACAAGGUGGGUAGGGUCGAAGGCGAGGAAUGUGUACUGGUAUAAGCUGUGGUACUCUAGAGUCGUGAAGGGUAAGAAUGAAGUGGGUAUCUUGGUUGAUAGGGACCUUAGAGAGUCGGUGGUUGAGGUUAGGCGGGUGCAUAACAGACUAAUGUUUAUUAAGUUGGUGAUAGGUGAGUGCACCCUCAAUGUCGUUAGUGCCUACGCGCCACAAGCGGGCUUGGAUGAGGAGGUUAAAAGGCAUUUCUGGGAGAGUUUGGACGAGGUUGUGCGUAAUAUUCCACCCUCUGAGAGGUUAUUUAUAGGAGGGGAUUUCAAUGGCCACAUUGGGUCGGUUGCUGGUGACUAUGGUGAGGUGCAUGGUGGCUUCGUCUUUGGGGAUAGGAACAGAGGAGGUUCCUCGCUAUUGGAUUUCCCUAAGGCUUUCGAGCUGGUGAUUGCGAACUCGAGUUUUCCGAAGAGGGAAGAGCAUCUAGUAACUUUCUGA